AUGGGCUCUACUGAGGACUUUAGAGGUACCUGUGCGUUUUUCCUAAGGUCAUCGGAUAAAGCUAUAACUGCAUCAAAUGUUUCCCAGGAGAUGAAUUUUGGCAUAUUUGACUGUAGUAAUGGAAAUAUCCUUCAGGGCUUGGAAUUUUUCUUGUCCCAAAUCAUGAUACCAGCACUUAAAUCCCAAGAGAACUGGGGUGCUUUGAAAGAAGGCUUGAAGAACAGCCAGAUACAAGAAUUUCUAUACUCAGUGGAUACAUUUGUAGAUACUUUGUCAUCAUCAAGACAGAAUAUAGAAGAUAAAAUUCAGCUCACAAAAGUGGAUAUUGAUAUUUAUCUUAGCAACUUACAGAAGCCAUCUGACUACAUAGCUGCAGGUAGUAACACAGAGGUCACUGAGAAACUUGAGGAAGCAGUCACAAUUUGGAUCAAACAGAUACGACAGAUUUUAGUGGAGAGUGAACAAAUGCGAAGAGAAGCUGAUGACCUUGGUCCAUCUGCAGAACUGGAGUACUGGAAGGCAAGAAUGUCAACAUUUAACAGCCUUUUAGAUGAGAUCAAGAGUUCAAGAGUAAAGAAAAUUAUAAGUAUUCUUCAGGCAGCAAGAUCAAAGACAUUAAAGCAGUGGAAAGAGCUGGAUGGUAAUGUAACAGUUGCUGCCAAUGAAGCUAAAGACAAUGUGAGAUAUUUAUAUGCAUUGGAUAAAUUUUUUUGUCCACUUGCCAAAGCUUCACCUAUAACAAUGAUGGAACAUGUACCCAGUUUAAUGAAUACCAUCUACAUGAUCUACUGUACAUCACCGUACUACAACACAUCAGAGCGCAUGACAUCUCUUCUGCUUAAGAUCACUAAUCAAAUGAUUAACACAUGCAAGACUUAUCUAUGUGAAGGUGUUUCAAAAAUCUGGGAUCUGGACAGACCAGAAUUGCUAAAGAGGAUACAACAAUGCAUUUCUCUCAAAGAACUAUACCAAACAUCCUUUCAGAGAAUAAGGGAGGAGCUAAAGGGAAAUCCAAGUGACAGGCAAUUUGAUUUCAGUGAAAACUAUAUAUUUGGAAAAUUUUAUACAUUCUGUAAACGUUUGGAGAAGAUUUCAGACAUGAGCAAUAUUAUGGAAAGGCUUUUAGAGCUCCAGUGUAUAAAAAUAGAAGGUAUUGAAGAGAUCAGUAGUCAUUACCAGAGCAUUGCUGCAAACACCACAUCCAAGCAGUAUGAUAUUCUGGAUCACAGGAAAAAAGAGUUUGAAAAAGAUUACCUUGAAUUUAAGAACCAAGUUGCAACAUUGUACGAGUCCAUAGAAAAAUUUUUGGACUCCUGGUUUGAGAAGACUGUAACUACUGAACAGAUGCUAGGACUUCUGAUGAAGCUUGAACAAAUAGGAGAAGAUCAUAUUGAUCUUAACAAGAAGUAUACCAUUGUCCUUCAGCGGUACAGCCAAGAUUUAGAGUUUGUCCAAAAGCUCUACCAGAAGCAGAAAGAAAAUCCACCUCUGCCACGUAAUAUACCACCAGUAACAGGGAAGAUUAUGUGGGCUCAGCAGUUAUACAGAAAAAUUGACCGUCCAAUGACAUUCCUUAAAAAGAAAACCACACUUUUGAAGACACUGGAAAUGAAAAAGGUUGUUAAAAGCUACAACAAAAUAGCUGCAGUUCUUCUGGAAUUUGAACUUAUUUAUCAUAGAGCCUGGUGCAGUUUUGCUGACCAGGCUAGAAAUGCUCUGUGUGCUUCCUUACUUGUCAGGCACCCAGAAACCAAGGAAUUACUUGUAAACUUGGACCCAAUAGUCCUGGAAGUACUUUAUGAAACAAAAUACCUGAAAAAAAUGCAUUUUGAAGUUCCAGAUGUUGUCCUUGGCUUGUGUGCAGAUGAAGAACUGAUUAAAAGGCAUCAAGUGGAACUUCAGAAUCUAUUGAUCAGUUAUAAAGAGUGUUGGAAUGGCAUUCCUGUUAUGCUGAAACCACUGAUGAAACCUUUCAUAGAACAGGUUGAGGAUGCUUUUACCCCAGGCCUGGUGCAGCUGUCAUGGACUUCAUUAAACAUCAAUAAAUUUAUUCAGAACGUUCAUAGUACCCUGAAGAAGCUGGACUAUGUAGUAAGAGAAGCAGCUGAUACCCUGGAAUGCAGAAUUGCAAGAAUUCUGGAGGAUAUGUCAAGUACUGCUCUGAUAAACUUGCCAGAGGAUGAACCUAUAGAUGUGCUUUCCUUCCUGGAACAGACAGAAAAGCUUGCUAUCUCUACUGCUCACAAACUGUCACAACAAAGUCAGCAAGUGGAAUGCUCUGUGUACGAACUGGUAGAUAUUCUUAAGCGCAGGCUGACAGCAGAUGCUGAGAGAACUCUGGAGGAUUCAUUCACCUGUACACAUACUGACAUGAAACAGAAAACACGCUGCCAAGAAUGCCUGUCCUGUAGUAGUUAUAAUCUGGUGGGACAGCUUUGUCAGAAGAAUACUGAGUCUUUGAUCAGAUGCAUGAAGAGUUCUUUAGAGUCCUUAAAACAUCGACUGCAUGUUGUUGACUCUAGGUAUCAGAUGACCAAGUUUGUAGAUACCCAGAGGGUUCCUUUGUUCAAAGCUGAAAUUCAACUGGCUAUUCCAAAUGUUGUCUUGAGACCAAAUCUUGACGAUAUUCAGAGUGCUGUAAACAAAGCAGUAAACAUUGUAUUAUCAAUAGCAAAGGAUAUUCCUCUGUGGAAAUUUGCUUACUUACAUCAUAAACAGCAGCUGAUUGAACAAGCUGUUGCUGUAGAUCUAGGUGAUGAAAGCAAACUCACCAGGAUGGUUGCACUGAAACCAUUAGACAAGCAGAUCAUCGAGCAUAAGGAUGUAAAUAAAGUGGUGAUCCAACUAAAUACAAUUGUUUUAUCUCUUAAAACUGAAGCAUUGGACCUUAUGAAGAGCUUUUCUGAAUAUUCAAGCAUCUGGAACAAGGAUCCAGAGGAAAAAGUGAGGGAGUUUAUAGACACUAAACCAACAAUGGCUGAAUUCCAAACUGAAAUCAAGUAUUUUUCUCAAUUAGAAAUGCAAAUCAGGGAACUGCCAAGUCACUGUGUACUGGGAUCAGUGGCUAUUGCAACAGACUCACUGAAAAUGGCUUUAAUUCAGGAAUGCCGUUCCAGACAAAGAGCGUUUGGGUUAGCGUUGAAUAAAAAAUCUGCCACAGACAUGGAUGAGAUUUAUUCCUUCAUUGAAAAUGUCAGGAAGAGAUUAAGCACACCUAUCCAGGACCUCAAUGAUGCACGGGGAGCGAUGGAAGCACUAAAGGAAAUUCGUGAGAAUGAGAUUAAAAUUGACAUGACAGUUGGACCCAUAGAAGAAUCUUACGCUGUGCUUCACAAACACAACCUAUUCUUUAAAGAUGGAAAUACAGAAAGAGUUGAUGGAUUAGCUUAUGCCUGGAAGAACCUGAACACACAGGCACUGCAGGUUGAAGACUUGCUGCUGAAGGUACAGCCAGAUAUGAAGACAGAGUUACUGACUGGUGUUCGAAAAUUCAAGAUUGAUGCUGCAGAAUUUUACAAAGAUUAUUAUGAAAAGGGCCCAAGUGAGGAGAGUGUUCCUCCACAUGAAGCAUGUGACAGACUACAGAUCUUUCAAGCCAAAUUUGAUGAACUGUGGAGGAAGUAUAUCUCUCUAUCUGCUGGAGAAGAAUUAUUUGGUCUUCCUAUCUCAGAGUAUCCUGAACUGCACAAAAUCAAACGUGAGCUUUCAUUGCUUCAGAAACUUUACAGUCUUCAUAAUUCAGUUACUGCUAAUAUUGAUGGCUACAACGAAAUGCUUUGGAGUGAUUUAAAUAUUGAAAAAAUCAACAAUGAACUUCUGGAUUUUCAAAGCAGAAUCCGUAAGCUACCGAAAGCAUUGAAGGAGUGGCGAGCUUUUCAAGACCUCAAAAAAAAGAUUGAUGACUUCACAGAGAGCUGUCCUUUGCUUGAAAUGAUGGCAAACAAAGCAAUGAUGUCAAGACACUGGGAAAGAAUUGGACAAGUGACUGGGCAUCACUUUGAUGUUGACUCUGAAAACUUCUCUUUGAAAAACGUAAUGGAUGCCCCUUUAUUAAAAUAUAAAGAGGAUAUCGAGGAUAUUUGCAUCAGUGCUGUUAAAGAGAAGGACAUUGAGGCAAAAUUAAAGCAUGUCAUCAGUGAAUGGAGUACUCAGAUUUUUGUUUUUGGCCAAUUUAAAACUCGAGGAGAACUGCUUUUGAAAGGAUCAGAUAUAUUGGAGAAAAUAGCUUUGGUGGAAGACAGCCUCAUGCUAUUGGGGUCUCUCAUGAGCAACAGAUAUAAUGCACCAUUUAAGUCCACUAUACAACAGUGGGUUCAGAAGUUAACCAAUACUGCAGAGAUAAUUGAAAACUGGAUCACUGUACAAAACCUCUGGAUUUACCUUGAAGCUGUGUUUGUUGGUGGAGACAUUGCAAAACAGCUACCUCAGGAAGCCAGAAGAUUUCAGAACAUUGAUAAAUCAUGGCAGAGAAUUAUGCAGAGAGCCCACGACACAUCAAACGUCGUGCAGUGCUGUGUUGGAGACGAGACUUUGGCACAGCUGUUACCGCAUUUGCUGGAGCAAUUGGAGAUCUGUCAGAAAUCACUGACUGGGUAUCUGGAACAAAAACGGUUAAUGUUUCCACGAUUUUUUUUUGUCUCUGACCCUGCUCUUCUGGAAAUCCUUGGUCAGGCAUCUGAUUCCCACACUAUUCAGGCACAUUUGUUAAGUUUGUUUGACAAUGUUAACCGAGUGGGAUUUCAUGAAAAAAACUACGACCAGAUUUUAUUGUUUGAAUCUCAAGAAGGUGAACAGGUCAAUAUUAUUGAACCAGUUUUAGCUCAGGGCAAUGUGGAAUUCUGGUUAGGUCAGCUGCUGAAUGGAAUUAGGAAAACAAUCCACACCAUCAUUAGACAGGCAUCAAUGGCCAUUAGUGAUUCAGGAUUUAAGCUGUAUGACUUUCAGGCAAUGUUUCCUGCACAAAUAGGACUUCUGGGAAUACAAAUGAUCUGGACCAGAGAUGCAGAGAAUGCACUGAACAGUGCCAAAGCAGACAAAAAGGUAAUGCAAAGAACAAAUCAGAAGUUUUUGGAACUUUUAAAUGACUUGAUUGACAUGACAACACAAAAUCUGACAAGAAUGGAGCGCACAAAAUAUGAAACUUUAAUCACCAUUCAUGUGCACCAGAAGGAUAUCUUUGAUGAUUUGGUUCGUAUGAACAUUAAAUCACCCUCUGAUUUUGAAUGGCAAAAACAGUCUCGGUUUUAUUUUCUUGAAGACUUGGAUAAAUGCAUUAUCCAAAUAACCGAUGUAGAGUUCACCUACUGCAAUGAAUACUUAGGGUGUACAGACAGGCUUGUUAUAACUCCCUUAACUGACAGGUGUUACAUCACUCUAGCACAGGCCCUGAAUAUGAGCAUGGGUGGUGCACCAGCAGGACCUGCAGGGACAGGGAAAACAGAAACAACUAAAGACAUGGGCAAAUGCCUGGGAAAGUAUGUUGUUGUUUUUAAUUGCUCAGACCAAAUGGACUACCGAGGACUUGGCCGGAUCUAUAAAGGUCUAGCCCAGUCGGGUGCAUGGGGUUGCUUUGAUGAAUUUAACCGCAUUGAACUUCCUGUGUUAUCAGUAGCUGCUCAGCAGAUAUCUAUUGUACUUCAGUGUAAGAAAAGCAAGAAACCUCGGUUCACUUUCACUGAUGGUGAUGUUGUUGACAUGGACAGAGAAUUUGGCAUAUUUCUGACUAUGAACCCUGGCUAUGCAGGACGUCAGGAACUCCCAGAAAAUCUGAAGAUACAGUUCCGUACAGUUGCUAUGAUGGUGCCUGACCGCAGCAUUAUUAUGCGAGUCAAGCUGGCAAGUGCUGGUUUCCGAGACAACCAAGUCCUUAGUCAAAAAUUCUAUACACUCUACAAACUCUGUGAAGAGCAGUUAUCUAAACAGGUUCACUAUGACUUUGGGCUUAGAAAUAUCCUGUCUGUUUUAAGAACACUUGGAGCAGUAAAAAGAAGUAAUCCCAAAGAGCCAGAGAAAACGGUAGUGAUGAGAGUUCUGCGGGACAUGAACCUCUCCAAACUGGUAGAUGAAGAUGAACCUUUAUUUAUGAGUCUCAUUAAUGACCUCUUCCCUGGAAUUACUCUGGAUAAAGCAGGCUAUCCUGAGCUACAGUCAGCCAUCCAGAAAGAGGCAGAGAAAGCAGGGCUUAUUCAUCAUCCACCGUGGAUACUUAAACUCAUUCAGCUGUAUGAAACUCAGCGAGUCCGACAUGGUAUGAUGACUCUAGGUCCAACUGGUGCAGGAAAGACAAAAUGCAUUAAUAUUUUGAUGAAAGCAAUGACAGCUUGUGGUGCUCCUCAUAAAGAAAUGAGAAUGAACCCAAAGGCAAUCACAGCUUCCCAGAUGUUUGGUACCCUUGAUGUUGCUACAAAUGACUGGACAGAUGGUAUUUUCUCUACUCUAUGGAGAAAAACUUUAAAAGCAAAGAAGGGUGAGCAUAUCUGGAUAGUUUUGGACGGUCCGGUUGAUGCAAUAUGGAUUGAAAAUCUAAACUCUGUUCUGGAUGAUAAUAAGACUCUUACUUUGGCUAAUGGAGAUCGUAUCCCAAUGUCUCCCAGCUGCAAAAUUGUUUUUGAACCUCACAACAUUGACAAUGCUUCCCCUGCAACAGUUUCUCGUAAUGGGAUGGUCUUCAUGAGUUCUUCAGUGUUAGACUGGAAGCCUAUUUUAAGGGCUUGGCUGCAGACACUACCUGUUACGUACUCUGAUGUCCUCUGGAAUUGCUUUGAUGCUGUGUUUCAGGACCUGAUGGAUUUUGUUUCCUCUUCUGUGACACCAAAAAUGCCAGUUUUAGAAUGUAUGUACAUCAAGCAAGCUAUUGACCUCCUACAGGGUUUAUUGUCCGACAGAAAUGAGAAGCAUCUCAGCAAGGAACAUAUUGCUCGCUUGUUUGUUUUUGCUGUAAUGUGGUCAGCUGGAGCUCUUUUGGAACCGGAUGACAGGCUGAAAAUGGAGCUGUUCCUGCGGAAGCACUCUGCAGUGACAGAGCUCCCAAGUGUGAAUGGGGAAGAAACCAUCUUUGAAUUUGGUAUCAAUGCCUAUGGCCAGUGGGAGCACUGGUCAAAGAAGGUCCCUGAAUACAUUUACCCUAAAGAUUCAGUUCCAGAAUAUACUUCCAUUCUAGUUCCAAAUGUGGACAGUGUCCGAACAGACUUUUUAAUGCACACUAUCAUGAGGCAAGGAAAAGCAGUUCUGCUAAUUGGGGAACAGGGAACAGGAAAAACAGUUAUGAUUAAGGAUUACACAAGCAAGUAUGAUCCUGAUGUUCAUUUGACCAAAUGUCUAAAUUUUUCUUCUGCAACCCUGCCACAUAUGUUCCAAAGGAGCAUAGAAAGUUACAUAGACAAAAGAAUGGGCACCACGUAUGGUCCUCCGUCAGGAAAGAAAAUGACUGUCUUUAUUGAUGACAUCAACAUGCCUGUGAUUAAUGAAUGGGGGGAUCAGAUCACCAAUGAGAUUGUAAGACAACUGAUGGAACAAAAAGGUUUCUACAAUUUGGAGAAGCCAGGAGAAUUCACAAAUGUGGUUGACAUCCAAUUUGUAGCUUCCAUGAUUCACCCUGGGGGAGGUCGGAAUGACAUUCCGCAGCGCCUGAAACGCCAGUUCACCAUCUACAACUGCACACUGCCUUCCAGCUUCUCUAUUGACAAAAUAUUUCGAACUAUAGCCGAAGGCUACUUUUGUGAGCAACGACAGUUCCCUGCAGAAAUAUGUAAACUGGCAUCAGCAUUAGUAUCUACAAGUCGAAAGGUGUGGCAAAUGACAAAAGCAAAGAUGUUGCCAACUCCAGCUAAAUUUCAUUACAUCUUUAAUUUACGAGACCUCAGUCGCAUUUGGCAAGGAAUACUUACAGUUACUUCAGAAGUCUGCCAGACCAUCAGUGUUUUGGUAGCCUUGUUCCAGCAUGAAUGCAGACGUGUUAUUGCAGACAGGUUCAUCAGCCAAAGUGAUAAAGACUGGUUUGAAGAGAUGAUAAAAAAGAUUGCUUCUGAAGAGCAUGGUAAAAAUCUGUUUGAAGACAAAUCCACAGAAUUAUACUUUGUGGAUUUCCUGCGUGAUGUCCCAGAAGCUACUGGAGAUGAACCUGAUGAUGCAGAGUUGAAGGCUCCUAGAAUUUAUGAACCAAUCCCAUCUUUGGAUUAUUUGGCUGAAAGACUACAGAUGUUCAUGCAACAAUACAAUGAAACCAUCAGAGGAUCAAAGAUGGAUUUAGUAUUUUUCAAGGAUGCAAUCAUCCAUUUGAUUAAAAUAUCACGUAUUAUUCGUACCCCACAAGGAAAUGCGCUGUUGGUGGGUGUGGGUGGAUCUGGAAAACAGAGUCUGACCAGAUUAGCAUCCUAUAUUGCUGGAUAUGAGAGCUUUCAGAUUACACUAACAAGAACGUAUGGCACCAGCAACCUUUUGGAUGAUCUGAAAAUCUUGUACCGCACUGCCGGGCAAAAAGGAAAGGGCAUUGCCUUUAUAUUUACAGACAAUGAAAUCAGAGAUGAAUCUUUUCUUGAGUACAUGAACAAUGUUUUGGCUUCAGGUGAAGUCUCAAAUCUUUUUGCACGAGAUGAAAUAGGUGAAAUCACGCAAGACCUGAUACCAGAAAUGAAGAAGGAGCACCCAAGGCGUACACCCACCGCUGAAAAUCUUUACAAUUACUUUCUUUCUCGAGUCCGUAAAAACCUGCAUGUGGUUCUUUGUUUUUCUCCCGUUGGAGAAAAAUUCAGAAGUCGUGCACUCAAAUUCCCAGCUCUGAUUUCAGGCUGUACUAUGGACUGGUUCCAGCGCUGGCCGAAAGAUGCUCUUGUAGCAGUUGCGCAGCAUUUUUUAGUUUCCUACCAUAUUGAGUGCACAGAUGAAGUGAAACAGAGUGUUGUUAACACCAUGGGAACAUUUCAGGAUAUCGUAGCUGAAAAGUGUGUUGAAUACUUUGAACGAUACAGGCGACGAACCUUUGUGACUCCAAAAUCUUACCUGUCCUUCAUUGGAGGCUACAAAGCUAUUUACAAGGAGAAGUUUGCCGAGGUUGGAAGUUUGUCUGAACGCAUGAGGACAGGUCUUGCAAAACUGAUGGAAGCUGAGGUUUCAGUAAAUCAGCUCUCUAAAGACUUGGUGGUGAAGGAGAAAGAUUUGGCUGUAGCUUCAAAAAAAGCUGAUGAAGUUUUACUGGAAGUAACUAUGAAAGCCCAAGCUGCUGAAAAGGUGAAAAUGCAGGUGCAAAAGGUGAAAGACAAGGCUCAGGCCAUUGUGGAUGACAUUGCCAUUGAUAAGACAGCAGCAGAAGAGAAGCUUGAAGCUGCAAGGCCUGCAUUGGAAGAAGCUGAGGCAGCCCUGCAGACAAUAAAGCCCUCUGACAUUGCAACUGUUCGCAAACUGGGUAAACCUCCUCACUUGAUAAUGAGAAUUAUGGAUUGUGUGCUUCUUCUAUUUCAAAGAAAAAUAGACUCAGUAACACCUGAUCAAGAACGCCCAUGUGUGAAGCCAUCAUGGACUGAGGCUCUGAAGCUCAUGAAUAAUUCAGGAUUUCUUAGCAUGUUGCUUACUUUCCAGAAGGAUUCAAUUACAGGAGAAACUGUGGAGCUUUUGGAGCCUUAUUUGGAUAUGGAGGACUAUAAUCUUGAGACCGCUAAAAAAGUAUGUGGAAACGUAGCAGGUCUUUGCUCAUGGACACAAGCAAUGGCCUACUUCUAUGGCAUUAAUAAAGAAGUUCUUCCUCUCAAGGCAAAUUUAGCCUUGCAAGAGGGAAGACUUGCAGCUGCUCAGACAGAACUGAAUAAUGCACAAAUGCAGCUGGAUGAGAAACAAAUGGAACUAGAUCAAGUACAAGCUAUGUAUGAUAGUGCCAUGAAAGAGAAGCAGGCCUUACUUGAUGAUGCUGAGGCAUGCAGAAGGAAGAUGAACAAUGCCACAGCUCUGAUUGAAGGAUUAGGUGGAGAAAAGCUUCGUUGGACAGAAAGCAGCAAAAACUUUCAAAAUCAAAUUAUUAAUUUAGUGGGAAAUGUUCUUCUGGCCACUGGAUUUCUCUCUUACUCUGGACCUUUCAAUCAGGAGUACAGGAAUUUGCUGCUUCAAUUGUGGAAGAAAGAGAUGGACAACAACAAGAUUCCAUACAGUAAUGACCUGAAUCUUACUGGUAUGCUCAUUGACAAUGCAACGGUGGUUGAAUGGAACCUCCAGGGUCUUCCUAAUGAUGACCUUUCAAUUCAGAAUGGCAUCAUUGUCACAAAAGCAUCUAGAUAUCCUUUGCUGAUUGAUCCACAAGGUCAAGGAAAGAUCUGGAUUAAAAAUAUGGAAAAGAAUAAUGGACUCCAGGUUACAGCUAUGAACCACAAGUUCUUCAGAAGCCAUGUAGAAGACUGCCUGUCCCUUGGCCGACCUUUGUUAAUAGAAGAUGUUGGAGAGGAACUUGAUCCUGCUCUUGAUAACAUCUUGGAAAAAAAUUUCAUAAAAUCUGGUUCAUCACACAAAGUGAAAGUAGGUGACAAGGAGGUAGAUCUGAUGAAGGGGUUUACCCUUUACAUGACAACAAAAUUGGCUAAUCCAGCCUAUACUCCAGAAAUCAGUGCAAGAACAACAGUGAUUGACUUUACUGUUACUAUGAAAGGGCUGGAAGAUCAGCUCCUUGGCCGAGUCAUCCUCACAGAAAAACAGGAACUGGAGGCAGAAAGAGGCAAACUGAUGGAAGAAGUGACAUCUAACAAAAGGAAAAUGCAAGAGCUUGAAGAUAAUCUACUCGUCCGUCUAACCGGUACAGAGGGCUCUUUGGUUGAAGAUGAGUCUCUGAUACAAGUCUUAAGAAUCACUAAAACAACAGCAGAAGAGGUCAGUGAAAAAUUAAACAUAGCAGCGGAGACAGAGGUGAAAAUCAAUACUGCACGUGAAGAGUAUCGGCCUGUUGCUCAUCGUGGUAGCAUCCUUUAUUUCCUGAUUGUGGAAAUGAGCUUGGUUAAUGUCAUGUACCAAACAUCCUUACGGCAGUUCCUUGGCAUUUUUGAGCUAUCACUGGAGAGAUCUCAGAAAUCUCAGAUCACAGCAAAAAGGGUAGAAUACAUAAUUGAGCAUCUCACCUAUGAAGUCUUCAAGUACACAGUUCGAGGGCUAUAUGAAAAUCACAGGUUCCUGUUUACACUACUUCUGGCACUGAAGAUUGACUUGCAGGCCAAGAAAAUUUCACACACUGAGUUUGAGAUGCUGGUCAAAGGAGGUGCUAGUUUGGAUUUGAAUUCUGUGGAGCCAAAACCAAAAAAGUGGAUCCUUGAUGUGACAUGGCUCAAUCUUGUGCAGUUGUCAAGCUUGCACCCUUUUAAUCAACUCCUGGUGCAAAUUGUUAGGAAUGAGAAGUCUUGGAAAGCUUGGUUUGAUGAAGAAGCACCUGAAAGAGCUGUUAUUCCUGAUGGGUAUGACAGCUUACUGGAUCAGUUCCAUAAGCUGCUCCUUGUUCGUAGCUGGUGCCCUGAUCAUACCGUUGCCCAAAACAUUGCUUGUUGUGCUAUUUCGAUGGGCCAAGGCCAGGAAGUCCAUGCAAGGCGUCUGUUAAAUCAGUGCAUACAAGAUGGAGGAUGGCUCCUUCUACAGAACUGCCACCUUGGCUUGGAGUUUCUUAGUGAAUUAAUGGACACCAUUGCAACAACAGAAUCAAUGAGUGAAGGUUUCAGGACCUGGAUCACUACAGAGGCUCAUCCAGAGUUUCCUAUUAAUCUUUUACAGUCCUCAAUCAAAUUUACGAAUGAACCCCCUCAAGGUGUGAAGGCUGGCUUAAAACGAACAUACUCAGCUGUUACCCAAGAUCACCUGGAAGUCAGCAACAUGCCACAGUGGAAACCGUUGCUAUAUGCUGUAGCAUUUCUCCACACAACCGUUCAGGAAAGACGAAAGUUUGGUGCAUUGGGCUGGAAUAUUCCUUAUGAAUUUAAUCAGGCAGACUUCACAGCCAGUGUGCAAUUUGUUCAGAAUCAUUUGGAUGAUAUGGAGGUUAAGCGUGGAGUGAACUGGAGCUGUGUCCGCUACAUGAUUGGAGAAGUACAGUAUGGUGGCCGUGUAACUGAUGACCUCGACAAAGCACUGCUGAAUACAUACACAAGAGUGUGGUUUGGAGAACAUAUGUUUAGUGAAAAAUUCUGUUUCUAUAAAGGUUAUGUUAUUCCAAAAGGGAAAACAGUUGAAGACUAUCUCCAGUACAUAGAGCAAUUGCCAGUGAUUGAUACACCUGAGGUAUUUGGACUUCACCCCAAUGCAGAUAUAACUUACCAGACUAACCUGGCUAAUGAGACAUUAAGUACAAUAGUGAGCAUCCAGCCCAAAGACAGCAGCACUGGAGGAGGGGAGAGCCGGGAAGCAGUGGUGCAGCGUCUUGCCAAUGAGAUGCUAGAGAAGUUACCUCCAGAUUAUAACCCUCAUGAGGUGAAAGCCCAGCUUCAAAAGAUGGGAGCUGUUCAACCUAUAAACAUAUUUCUUCGUCAGGAAAUUGACCGCAUGCAACACGUUAUAGCGAGAGUUCGAACCACCCUGAUGGAUCUCAAAUUGGCCAUCGAUGGAACCAUAAUUAUGUCAGAGGAAUUGCAAGAUGCUCUGGAUAAUAUGUAUGAUGCUAGAAUUCCAAAACUAUGGUUUAGGAUUUCCUGGGAGUCAGCUACUUUAGGGUUUUGGUUUACUGAGCUUCUUGAAAGAAACCAGCAGUUCAGCAGCUGGCUGCAGAAUGGCCGACCAAAUCAGUUCUGGAUGACUGGAUUCUUUAAUCCACAGGGUUUCCUGACUGCUAUGAGGCAAGAGACUACUCGCAUGAAUUUGGGAAAAGGAUGGGCACUCGACAGUGUUGUUUUACAGAACGAAGUGACCAAGAUGAUGAAAGAAGAUGUUACUGGCCCUCCACCUGCUGACAUUGGUGGGGUUUACAUUUAUGGCCUUUUCCUUGAAGGGGCAGGCUGGGACCGCAGAAACAGUAAGCUGGUGGAGUUGGCACCUAAGGUGCUGUUCACAAGCCUUCCUGUAGUCCAUGUGUAUGCUGUUAGCACGGCAGCACUACCUGACCCAAAGAAGCCGCAAGGAAGCGUGUACCUCUGCCCUGUCUACAAAAAGCCUCGGAGGACAGAUCUGACGUACAUUUUCUCUUUGCAUCUUAAAACAGCGCAGAAUCCUGACCACUGGACUUUACGGGGAGUUGCACUGCUCUGCAAUUCAAAAUAA